GCCAUGGAAAAAUUUGAUCUUAACACUAAAUUUCGUUUUGCCACUUAUGCCGGCUGUUGGGUUAGACAAUAUAUUCAAAGUUGUAUCAACAAAGAACAAUUUAUUAAUCAAGGAGGAGUUAAAGACAAAAAAAAUGUAGUUUAUUACGACAGCGGUUAUCAAAAUGAUGACCAAGAAAGUAAAUCUUAUUCUUUGCAAGAAACUUUACAUGACGAGCAAAAUAACGAAUUAACGGCUGAAGAAUUGCGGCGCCAGGAUGUGCUAAUUCAGACCAACAAUCUAAUUAAUACCUUAGGCAAUCGGGAAGCAAUUUUGUUAAAUCGUCUUCUCUAUAAGAUUAAGCCUUCUAGUUUAGUGGAUAUUUAUUACCUGGCUGACGAAAAAGAAAAAAAGGAACUACAAGAAAAUCUGAAAUUGAGUAAAAAGUUUAAUUUGGAACAAUUAAAAAAGCGCCCCUUAGAAGGGCCAACAAUCCGCAAUUUGCCAGUAGUGAAAAAAUAUUUGUCGUUAUUCACCAAAAAUUACAAAUUUAUCGAAAUAAGUAGAAUUCUCGGCAAGUCAGAGAAUACGACCCAGGUAAAUAAGAAGCCGAUUGAGAUAGUUUAUGAAUUAAAAGAGCAAGAUAAUUAUCAAAACGAGGAUGAGUCGGUUUGCCAAAAUGAGGAUUUGAAGGUUCAUAAUUUUACAACUUCAGCAAAAAGAAGUGUGGGGCUUGGCGAAGCUGGAAUGGGUGUAGGUGGCUAUACCGCUAGAUAUUCGGCAAAUGUGGAUGUGGCUAAUGCCCGAGUAGGUGCAGUUAGGGCGAACAUUGGCAUUGAUGUUGGUAGCGGAGUGACAGCAGGAGUUGACGGUAUAGAGGCUAAAGUAGCCGGUGUUGGUUUUAGUCUUGGUAAAAAAACGGGGAUAAGUACUCCGUUUGGAGGAAUAUCAGUUGAUUUUGACGAUUGCGCAGCAACAGCAGAUGAUUUGCUCGGGUUGGGUGGAGAGGAAAUAGAUUAG